AUGAGAUCUGCAAUCAUCCUCGCUAUCAUGCAUUUACUGGUGCUGAGCGUAUCUAAAACAGCCGGACAUCUUUUGAACGCUAAACCAUCUGGCGUUACGGUAACCCAACAGGCAUCGUUGCUUACCCCAAUCGUGCAAACACAUUACCGUGUGCCGGAAGGUUUCGUCGCUGUUCGCGUGCAGAAUGGAGGCCACUCGAACCCGUUCCACCAGCAGCAGGAUCUUAUCGACGGGCUAAUGCGCACCGGGCACGAUUGGUUGGCCGUAUCGUUCGACGAUUUACCGGCAGCGGAGAGACGUCCCGCCUACUACGGUGUGUUUCUUGUCGCCGACUAUCGCUCGCUGUGCACGCUGCUAGAUGGAAUGACACCGGGGGCCUACCAGUUCGAUGGACUGUACACGAUCGUUAUCGAACAGCGGCGGCCAAAGCUGCACGACGUCAUGGAAAGGCUGUGGAGUUACCGGCUGCUCAAUGUGGUCGUCAUUGUGAGCGAGAAGCGUGCGAACGAGGAUGAAGAACGGUACGUAGCCUACACUUAUGAUCCUUACCGCGAGCACCGGUGUGGCAGCGUGGAACCGUACGCCGUCGGCCAGUACGCGAACGGUACGUGGACCGAACUGGUCCGGUGGUACGCGAAGCGAACGGACAAUUUUAACGGCUGCCCGCUCGUGAUCGGUACGAUCCAUAUCAUACCUUGCUCGAUCAUCGAGCGCGAUGGGCCCGGUGGUAGUACCACGCACAAAGGCAUCGAGGUGUCGCAGGUGGACGAUUUGUCGCGCAGGUUCAACUUUACGCCAGAGUAUCGCAUCUCGAACGGUAGCACCCGGUGGGGCUUUGCCCGUGCCGUCAACAGCACCGGACUGAUGGGCUGGAUACAGCGGGGCGAGGUCGAUUUCGGGCUCGGCAGCAUCGGCAUCAGUCUGUCCCGGGUGCAGCAUCUGCGGCCGGGCAUUGCGAGCCGCUUCGGCCAGUUGGCGAUGGCCAUCCCGCCCAAGCGACCGGACAGCUCGGUGGAGAAGCUGAUCAAACCGUUCAGCCGGCAGACCUGGCUGUGCGUGGUGCUCGGGCUGGCCGGCAUCAGCACGCUGGCCUGGGCACUGUUCGGCAUCGGGUGGCGGCUGGUGGCCGACCGAUUGCGCCAUCCGUGCUACACGGUCUGGGUGCUGACGAUGGGUGGUCCGUGCGGUGCGUUGCGCAUGGACAGCACGCGCCUGUUUGUCGUCAGCCUCGUCCUCAACAUGCUGGUCGUGCGGACGCUCUAUCAUGCGGCCAUGUUUGAGCGGCUGCAGGCGUCCGCCAGCCUGGCGUCGGAGCUGGACACGCUCGAGCAGAUCAACCGGGCGGGCAAGACGUACAUUAUGCAUAAAACGAUUACCCUGUUCUUCAACGACAACCCGCUGGUCGGUCCCAGGCGCAUUCGUCGUACACUGCACGAUAACGAGAACUGGGAAGAGCUGCUGUACCAGCUGUCCCAGCCUGGCAGUGACUUUGUGGUAACAUUACCGCUCGACUGCAUCAAGUACUACGUGCAGCAGUACGGCAAUCGGGGCCUGGUGUACGUCGGCAAACACAACGGCAUUACGUACAAUACGGCCUUCUUCUACCCGCAAACCACCGCACUGCAGGCGCCGUUCAGUGCCCGCGUGCUGGCGUAUCACUCGGCCGGACUGGUCGAUCAGUGGGCCCGGGCGUUUGAGGACGGUCGGUACUGGUCGAACGCGAAGGCAGAUCCCGAACCGGCCAGCCUGGCGUGGAGCCACCUUUCCGGUGCGUUCUAUCUGUGCGGCACGAUGCACCUGCUGGCCGUGUGUGUGUUUGUCGCCGAGCUGGGAUGGGCCCGGAAGUGGCGGAAGGCAAGCGAGCAACCUACUCCCGGACAGUACCACCUCGCACACUAA